UAUAAAUACGGUGAAAGGGCAGCUAAACGAAGCUCUGUCAAUGCCACGUGCUAUUUGUUUUACUUUUUUUACAAGGACAUACGUAAUAUGCUUCUUGCUGAUGUAGUCUAUAAAUACGGUGGAAGGGACAGAGGCUCCAUCACAGUAGGAAUGUUAUUCAUCCUUUCAUUUCUAGCCUGCUUCCUAGCGAAGACCGCGACUGAAGACAUUAAAGCGGAACUUGCGCCGCUCUACCAGAAAUUCGAGGAUUGGUGCGUAAAUGGAACGGUCGACUCCGCCGUUGAUCUUUAUCAUAGCCAAGGGGUUAUGGUAAACAAAGGCGUAAAUGCUACAUAUGGAAGAGCAAAUAUCACUAGAAAGUACAACGUGAUGUGGCAGAGACUCCAUUCCCACACAUUCAAGAUUCACAAGGGUGGCUCUUAUCAAGGCACCGAUAACUACAAGAUCGCUGAAUUCAAAUUCGAUCUUCUCAGAAAUCCAGGAAAAGCGAAAAUUCUCACAGGCAAAUUUACUCAUAUAUGGAAAAAGGAAGACGGAGAAUGGCGCAUUUAUCAUGAAGAGUACGAACGAGUGAUGAAUUGA